AUGACAAGCGAAACAGAGCGCUUACAAAGACGACCUCAUUUGGAUCGAGGACCAAUAAUUCUACCGGGAAUUAGGGGAGUAGACGGUGGUGGCUUGGUCGGACCGGUGGUCGAAGCUGGCAAGUCAGGAAUAACAGGAGGAAACUCAAGAUGCAUUCUCAUAGAUUCCAAGCUUGAAGCAGAUGUCAGUGUUUCAAAAGAUGCUGCAUUUUGCUUUGUUUGUUACUUGUUUAAGAAUGAAACUACCAAAGCUGCAGGAGGAGAUGCAUUUUUUGUUAAUGGGUUUAGAGGUUGGAAUAGGCCAGUUCGGUUUAGAAAACAUGUUGGUGGAAUUAAUAGUGCUCAUAAUCAAGCUAUUCAAAAGUUUGAGAAUUUAAAGAACUUUAAGUCAUCCUUGAAAGUUUCUUUAGACCAACAAACUGAGCAAGCUAAAAGUGACUACCGAAUCCGCUUGACUACUUAUCUUCAUUGUUUGAGAUUUCUUUUACAUCAAGGAUUGACAUUUCGUGGUCAUGAUGAAUGUGAUGAAUUAAGUAACAAUGGAAAUUUUCUUGAACUUUUGAAUUGGAUUGCGGAAAAGAAUGAUGAUGUGGGAAAUGUUGUUUUGAAAAAUGCACCUAAAAAUAAUCAAAUGAUUGCACCUUUGAUUCAAAAAGAGCUUAUCAAUUGUUGUGCAAAAGAAACUACCAAGGUAAUUGUGGAAGAUCUUGGGUACGAUGGAGCUAGUAAUAUGAAGGGUGAACUUAAUGGUCUCAAAACGCUAAUCUUGAGAGAAACACAAUCUGCAUACUACAUACAUUGUUUUGGUCACCAACUUCAAUUAACUCUCAUUGCCGUUUCUAAGAAAAAUAAAGAUUGUGGUUGGCUUUUUAAUACACUUAGAGAUUUGUUGAAUGUUGUUGGAUCAUCAUGUAGGCAAAAAGAUUUGCUUAAAGGAAAACAAGCUGAAAAAAUUGCAAAAGCCUUUGAAAAUGGUGAAAUUGUGACUGGAAAAGGUUUAAACCACGAGCUUGGUUAUGAAUGA